AAAUAAUGAUAGGAAGAGCAUUUGUUGGAAGUAUUUUGAACGAAUUAAAGACCCGAGAGAUGGAAUAGUAGCAAAAUGUAAGAUUCCUGGAUGCAGUACGAGAUAUGUAUGGCACGGAUCAAUUUCUAACCUUCUUGCCCAUCUUAAGAAACAUCGUAAAUCAAAAUCUUCAGCACUCACAACAUCAAUUCAAUCAUAA